CAAGUAUUUAUUCAGCACAAGUAUCCUCCAUUUGAAGUUGACGGAGUAACGCAUUUUCCGGCGGAAGAAGGAUGUCUCCGUACGCCGUCCUCGUCGCCGUGCUCUUGGCCUUCUGCUACGCCGUCUGGAAGGCUCGAGGCAGCAGCAACAGUAGCAAGCUCCCGCCCUCGCCGCCGUCGCGUCCGGUGCUCGGCCACCUCCACCUCCUUGGCCGCCACCCGCACCGCUCCUUGCGCGAGCUGCACGCUCGGUACGGCACCGAUGGCGGCCUCCUGCUCUUGCAGCUCGGGCGCAGGCGGACGCUGGUGGUUUCCACGGCGGCCGCGGCGGCGGGCCUGUACAAGAACCACGACCUCGCCUUCGCCUCCCGCGUGCCCAGUGCGCCGGCCGACAAGCUGACGUACGGCUCCACCAACGUCUCCUUCGCGCCCUACGGCGACGCCUGGCGCCGCAGCAAGAAGAUGGCCGUCGUCCACCUCCUCUCCCCGCGCCGCGCCGACUCGUUCGCCCCCGUGCGGGCCGCGGAGGCGGCCGCCCUCGUCGACGCGGCGCGACGCGCCGCGGAGGCGGGUGAGAUUGUGGAGCUGAGGGAGGUCCUGUCCGCCUACAGCAACGCGGUAGUCACCCGCGCGACCACCGGCGCCGCAGGGGCCACGGCCGAGAAGCUAAAACAGCUUUUGGGUAACUCCGCGGCGAUCAUGUCGGGGCUCCAGGCGGAUGACGUGCUCCCCAGCGCGGCGGCGAAGGUGGUUAGAUGGGCGACGGGGCUGGAAAAGAAGCUCGACGCCGAGCUCGAACAGUGGGACAAGUUCCUAUCAGAGAUAAUCGCAGAGCACCUUGAGAAGAAGCCAGACAACGGCGCAGGGGAGGAGAGCUUCCUGGACGUCCUGCUGCGGCUUAGGGAAGAAGGCGCCGCCGGACUCGAGCUCACCGACGACCGCAUCAAAAGCCUCAUCAAGGACAUGAUAGCAGGUGGGACAGAUACAGCAUCGGUCACGUUGGAAUGGGCCAUGACGGAGCUCGUCGCGAACCCGCGGGCAAUGGCCAAGCUGCAGGACGAGAUAAAUCGAGUCACCGAAGGCAAACCGACCAUCGAGGAAGACGACCUCAGCAGGAUGGAGUACCUCAAGGCGGUGCUGAAGGAGGUGCUCCGGCUCCACCCGGCGGCACCGCUCCUCAUCCCGCACCAGUCGACGACCGCGGCGGUCGUGCAGGGCUACGAGAUCCCAGCUGAGACUGGGCUCUUCGUCAACGCGUGGGCGCUCGGUAGGGACCCGGCGGCGUGGGGAGCGACGGCGGAGGAGUUCUGGCCGGAGCGAUUCCUGGGCGGCGGCAGCGCGCAGGGCGUGGACCUGCGGGGGAACGACUACCAGCUCCUCCCGUUCGGCGCCGGCCGGCGGCUCUGCCCCGGCAUCAGCUUCGCGAUGCCUGUGCUGGAGACCGCGCUCUCCAGCCUUGUGCGCCACUUCGACUGGGAACUCCCCGCCGGGGCACGUCUGGACAUGAACGAGGCGCCGGGGCUGAUCACGCCGCCGCUGGCUCCGCUGCGCCUCGUCCCCAAGUACAGGAGGCAGCACUAGCAGUGCCACCAGUGAGGUCCACGUGCAAGCUCAGAAGGGCCUGCUUAUAAAUAAAACUUUGCGGUUUGUGUGGGGCCAGACCCGUUUAGGCGUGUGCCUAUGAUCAGGUCCGUGAUGCAUAAAAAUACAAUGCUAUUUAUGAAGAAGUUAUUGGGACAUGGUUUUAUAAUAACUUCAAUUCUCUAGAUCAAAGUUAACGGGUUAUGUUUUGAACAACUUCAUUUCUCUGGGUCAAACUUAUCAAUGGUGUUUGUUUGUAAGUUAUGAAGUAAGCGAUUAAAUAUUAUCGCGGUAUUUGUACGUGAAUAAUCAGCACCGUUGUGCGUAUAUUACCAUGCUAUUUGUAUAGAAGUUACUGGGGUAUGGUUUUCAACAACUUUUCUCCUGGCAUAAAAAAGUUACUGUGGUAUUUG